UUUUCGUUGUCAAAUCGCUCAUCUGUCAUGGAAUUUCGUGGUGUCCAAACAAAGUGGGCGAGCUCGUAAAGUGGUUGUUUGGCGAAACAACGUAUCGGGCGGUAUUAUUUCUGCAUUCUUCAUUUUAUUUGUCGGGUUUUUAAGUUACAGUGCGUAUGAAUGUCUUUCCGAAUCGUACACUAAAUCGGUCAAGCUCAAGCGAUUCAAGCGGCGCGGACGAAACGACGGCUUUAAUGGACGGACACAUCAGUGAUUCACACAUUCGCCAGCCAGAACGGGGCAUUGAAGGCUUAGGAGGCGGAAAUGAUCAGAGAAAGGGUCGUGCAAGGGUAACAACCGAUCCUAAUUAUGGGACAAUAAACGACAGCUCCGGUACCGACAUACCAGGUGUGCACAUACGACCAAAUGCAGAGGCAACAAGAAGUGCAGCCAACGGCCCAGCUAGGCGUAGACGUGUUCCACCCAAUGAGAAUGGCGGGCCACCAAACGAGGACGAUGAAUGGCUGGAAGGCGAGGAGGAAGUUCUUAAGUAUGGAGCCCAACAUGUCAUAAAGCUUUUCGCGCCAGUUUCCCUGUGCAUGCUUGUCGUAGUCGCCACAAUUAAUGCAGUUAGCUUCUAUUCAACCAAAGAUGUUUAUUUCCUUUAUACUCCGUUUCAUGAACUCUCACCGGAUCCGGGCACGAAAAUUUGGAAUGCACUCGCAAAUUCAAUGAUUUUGAUGGUUGUAAUUGUACUUAUGACGAUAUUGUUGAUUGUACUCUACAAGAAACGAUGCUAUAAGGUCAUUCAUGGAUGGUUGAUCCUGUCGUCAUUUAUGUUGCUAUUUAUUUUCAGUUAUUUAUACUUGGAAGAGCUACUAAGAGCGUACAAUAUUCCACUCGACUAUCCCACGGCAAUAUUCCUUAUGUGGAAUUUCGGGGUUGUAGGAAUGAUGUCCAUUCACUGGCAUGGUCCCUUAAGACUCCAGCAGGCGUAUUUAAUAUUUGUUGCAGCGUUGAUGGCCUUGGUAUUUAUAAAAUACCUACCAGAAUGGACUGCAUGGGCUGUGCUUGGAGUGAUUUCAAUAUGGGAUCUUAUCGCUGUACUUUCGCCGAAGGGUCCUUUGCGAAUCUUGGUAGAAACAGCUCAGGAGCGGAACGAACCAAUAUUCCCAGCGUUGAUUUAUUCAUCUACCAUUCUGUACUCUUAUAUGGGAACAAAUCUACCAAAUGAAAUCACGCACUCGGCAGCAAAUCACAGUGCAGGAAAUCGUUUGCCCGCUACAGGUAAUAUGCCUCUAAACAGUGCGGCAAAUGCAGAAGGUACGCCUCUUGUGACCUUUAGUUCACAGAUAAAUGAUGCAAAUGCCGGAUUCACACAAGAAUGGUCGUCAGGAUCCAACCAAAGAGUUGCUCGAAGACAAAUUGAAGUUCAAGCUAACAACACUGGAAACAGCAAUCGAUCAACGGAAUAUCGCACUAUUACAACUGACCCAGAACAAAGUGGUUCAGCAAAUCCCCGACAACAGACCGUACAACAAAUGGAGGAGGAAGAAAAGGGCAUAAAGCUUGGUCUUGGUGAUUUCAUCUUCUACUCAGUGCUCGUCGGCAAGGCGUCGAGUUAUGGCGAUUGGAAUACGACAAUUGCAUGCUUCGUCGCUAUUUUGAUAGGAUUGUGUCUAACGCUUCUCCUGCUUGCAAUUUGCCGCAAAGCGUUGCCUGCACUUCCAAUCUCUAUUACGUUUGGAUUGAUAUUCUGCUUCGCUACGAGUGCUGUGGUCAAACCGUUCAUGGAAAAUCUUUCGGCCCAACAAAUAUUUAUAUGAAAUUUAAUCAAGUUGCAAUGAAAACAUAGAUCGUGAUGAAAUCGGAUGGCGUUACUCUCUAGAUUUAUUAAAAAAGAAAAGACUAAAGGAUAAUUUUUGUAAAGUAUCAUUACAUAAUGGGAUAAAACUAGAACAAGCUGAUAUUUUCUUUUCAUUUAGAAGGUGCGAUUGUUAAUCAAUCGCUUAGAUUAAAAAUUAUUAUUGUAUUGAAUUUUAAUUCGAGAUAUUUAAUAAUAAUUAAUAUUUAUAUAUUAAA